GACGUUAUACUUAAAAGUAACUUGCUACUGUUGAGACUGUAAUCGAUUUUCUGUUGAAAAAUGAUUGUGUUCAGCAUUUUCAUUACUGUCGUUCUGAUUAUUUUUCUAAACUAUUGCUGGAAACGGCGAAAUUGGUAUCGCGCGUCUUGGAAUCUGCCCGGCAUCUUGUCAUUGCCCAUAAUUGGUGGAGCGUACAUAUUUUGGAAUACAACAGAUAUCUUGGCGAGAGGGGCGGAGUACCUGCAGAAAAUUGGGGCAGUUGGAUUACCCUUCGGUUUUUGGCUGGGUCCACGGUUCGCUAUUAUUGUUACGAGUCCAGAAGAUGCUGAAAUCGUUAUCAAUCAUCCCAGUUCGAUGCAUAAGGGCUCUUUCUACGAAGUUGCUAUAGAAGGGAUGGGCGGUCAAGGACUGCUUACUGCUUCGGGCGAUUAUUGGAAAUAUCACAGAAAACUUCUGGAUCCCACGAUUCAAAAUACCAAGAUACUGAACAGCUAUUAUCCCACCAUAAACAGCACAUUAAGGAUUCUGAUGGACAUUUUGAACGAAAAGAGUCCAAAUGAAACUUUUGAUAUUUUUUCACGUAUCGAUGCCUGCAGUUUCGACCUGUUUGCUAAAAGCACAUUGGGAGUCGAUUGCAACGUUCAGAGGGAGCAUUGUUCAUUUUUUGAAUCACUCAAUGAAGCUCUUGUCGUGGUACGUAAAAGAGUGUUAGAGCCGAUGUAUAAUAUAAGACCAAUAUUCAGAUUGUCCAAAUUAUAUCCGAUGGCGAAAAGAGCGACGGCAGGUAUGCGAGCCGUCGUUCAAGACAUUAUUCGGAAAAGAAUGAUCGCGCUCGCUAGUAGCGAUCAGAGCCAUCAAGUGGAAGACGAAUAUGAAAAACGAUUAAGAAUCUUUGUCGAUGAAGCCAUUCAGUUGACGACCGAACAGAAGUGCUUUACAGAAGAUGAGCUGAUAAACGAAUCGUUGACUAUAUUAAUGACGGGAUUCGAAACGUCAGCUGUUUCUAUUGCUAACACUGUUCUUAUGCUCGCAAUGCAUCCACAAUACCAGGAGAAGGUCUAUGAGGAAAUUCAAAAAAUCUGCCCAAACAACGAUGGAGAUGUAACAUCCGAACAUUUGAAGGAACUGUUAUUCACAGAACAAUGUAUUAAGGAGUCAAUGAGAUUGAUCCCAACGGUGCCGCUCACAUCUCGUUUAGCUACGGAAGAUUUUUAUAUCGGUGAAACCUAUGUGCCAGCCGGAUGUGAAGUAGCCCUAUUUUUAUAUGUGUUGCAUCGGAAUAAAAAUGUUUGGGGAAACGAUGCCAAUAUAUACAAUCCCGACCGUUUCUUACCGGAAAGGUUUGAAAAACAACAUCCGUACUCAUACUUACCAUACAGUGCCGGCCCCAGGAAUUGCAUAGGCAAGAAGUACGCUCAAAUUGUUAUUCGUAUGUUUAUCGUAUGGCUUGUGCGCAAUUUUAAAUUUACCACUGACCUGAAAUUCGAGGAAUUGUCACUUAAGUGGAUGGUUGUAUUGAAAGCGAAUCAGGGCUAUCCAGUUAGAAUUGAAAAACGAUUGGCAAAAUAAAAUUAUUUGUUCG